AUGUCCGACGGGAAGAGCUCGAGCGUUUGGAGCCCCGAGGAGGACGCCGAGCUCGCCAGGUUGCAGGAGAUUCACGGCAACCGCUGGGCCCUCGUCGCCGCGGAGCUCCCGGGAAAGACCGGUCAGCAGUGCGCGCAGCGCUGGCGGCACAAGGUGAACCCCGCAAUCAAGAAGGAGAAGUGGACGCCCGAAGAGGACGCGCAGCUCGCCAAGCUUUACGAGCAGCACGGUCAACGGUGGGCCGAGAUCGCCAGGCACCUGGAGGGGCGAACGGACCAGCAGUGCAUGGGCCGCUGGCGCCGACACCUCGAUCCCAGCGUCAAGAAGGAUGCGUGGACUGAUCCCGAGGAUAAGAAGCUCAUGUCCCUCCACGACUCCCUCGGCCCCAGGUGGAGCAACAUCAGCAAGAUGCUCACGGGCCGCACCGCGCAGCAGUGCCGCGCGAGGUGGUUCCAGCUCUCCGCCGCGGACGACGACGCCCUCUCCGAGGGCACCACCGUCUCCGCCGCCGCCGCCGGUUCGGAAGGAGGAGGAGGCAAGUCGUCGGGGGGCUCGUCGGGAGGCAAGAAACGGCCGAAAACGGCCCUCAAGACGUCCAACCUCGGCAGAACCCCCACGCCGCCGCUCUCGCCGUCCACACCCGCGGUCACCGACGAGGUUGACGGCGCGGUCGCGUCCGGGAGGGGCGACUCAAAUCGCGGGACGGUUUCCAACAAGAAGCGAGGCGUCGGCUCGGUGCUCGGCGCCCCCGUCGCAAAGAGGCGCCGAUCCGCGAUGGAAAAAGGCGGCAACAAGGGCGGCGUCCAAUUGGAAAACGACACGUCAUCGAGCGGGUCCGGGUAUGGCAACGGCGGGGGUUUGGACCUGCUCGCCAUGCUGUACAGCGCCGCGGUUACGUACGAGACGAGCGUGGUGGCGGCUGGCGCGGGGAUGAAAUCGUUUCCCCCCGAACUCUACGCGUGAGGGUGAGUAAAUCUCACCUUACGCGAAGAGAGGAUACCGACGGCGAAUAUUAUCGCGUCGUCGGGCUCGGCCGCAGCCGUUCACGGCGGUACACUACUAUCACUCUUUCGUUCGUUCGUCGCGGCGUCGUCGGAACAUGUACAAAACGCACACAAAGACGCAUGGGGAAUCAAGGGUUGGGGACAGACAUUCUUUUCCGGUCGCGCUCGCGGGAUUACAGCUCGCGCGUCACGUCCGGACACACUAUUAUUUACUGUUUGACAAAUGGAAUACUUUGGCAAAUGGAAGCUCCGCCGCCGGGGCUGAGGAAACACACAUGGGUACUUGUAAAACAACCAGGGUACUCGCUGGGGGCCAACAUCACCGGCCACCUCCGGCGAAGAACAUUCAUAUUUUAUUUCGGGGAAUCUUUUGCAGCAUAACACCGCAGGGCAGCUCGCACGCAUCGGAGUCGCAAACUUAGACAUCACGGCGACUUUAGCAACAAACACACUAUAGCACCAACAUAGAGAAGAUGCACAGACCCUAGAACACCAGCGGCGGGGUCACCGCGCGUUGUCAAUAACAAAAAGUCCAAUCUAAUCGACUUGCGCCGUCUUCACGACCGAGACCACGCCGGCGAGGACCGCGGGUUUAUUUAGGCGUUCGAUGCGAGAGUAAACGAGGCGCGCAGGGACCGGGUGGGCGACGCGGCGGUGAAGUCGACGGCGAAGAGGGAGAGCGGCGCGGCGCGGCGCGUUCGGGACCGAUCCCGUCGCGCGCAGCCUCGUCUCGCGUCCCCCUCGUUCUGCUCGUCGACAUCCCCGCCAGCCGUGCGCCAGCUGUGUCGGCCGGCACCAAACCCCGCAUUCAACCCGUCGCCUACUCCGCGAGGCUGCCCCUCGGCGUCGACGCGACUCCACGCGUGGCAUAUCGCAUAAGGUAUACGCCGCGUCGUCCGCGCCGAAGGGUUCUUCGCCUAUACACCCCGUCCCGGUUGGCGCUCCGCUCAGCGCCCCGCCCCGGUCCUCCCCGUCGAUGUCCGCGUGACCCGCCCCUGUGUCCGCGGCACCCGUCCUUCGCCCCCGCGUCGUGCUCGAAUGAAUCGGCGCCAUCCGAGGGAUCGGAAGGCGCGUCACGGGGUUCACGGCGGCGACGACGGGGUUCGAUCCGGCGACCUCGUCGGUCACGCCGUCGACGCGCCGGCGCAAGUCGACGUUCUCGGCCGAGGCGCACUGCGCGACGUACUGAAAGUGCGCCACCGCGCGCUCAAGCUCCGCGCACCUACGUCGCAGGUGCACGAGCUCCAAACGCUUGCGCUGGCGGCUCAGCGCGGCGGACGCGCGGUUGCGUCGCAGCCGAGCCUCCUUUGAAGGGUCGCCGCCUUCGGAGUUUGUUUCCACAGAGCUCGGGUCGGAGUUUGGAUCGGAGUACUCGACGGAGCCGCGGUCGGUGAGUUCGUCGCGGCGGGACGGCGUCGCCGGCGCGCCUCGCCUGCCCCGCUUGUCGCCCGACGUGCGCGCGGGGGGGGCGCGAACCGAGUCGUGCUCGAGCGAACCCGGUGGCGCGCGUUUCUUCGACGUCGAGGACGCGCGCGGGGUGGUCGACGCGAGCGCGCGCGCGUCGUCGUCGUCGUCGUCGUCGUCGUCGUCGUCGUCGUUCGUCGCUAGCCCGACGUCACCCUCGAGCCAGGCGCAGAUCCCGGAGAGGUCCACGUCCGCGUCGUCGAAGGACAGCGCGCGCGGCAGGUCCGGAACGUCGACCGAUCGAACCUCCCCGAUGUCGCCAUCGACGUCGGUGCCGUCGAGGCACUCCGCGAGGAACGCGCGGAGCGCGGGGUCGAUGGAGGGCGCGCGAUGCGGGGCUACCACCGCGAGGGACAUGACGAGGACGACGGUGUUCGACGGUGAAGCCGCGCGCGGCCUGUUUCCGGUUCGG